CGCUUUGUAAAUCACUACAGAGUUAUCAGGAGGGUCAAAGAAUUAUUAAUUCGGAUAGUUGAUUUGUGUAUGAGUAUUUGAUAAAAGUUAUUCGAUUAUCGUUGACAAAAUGUACAGAAAAAUAGUGGUAAUAUUAUUACUAGUGCACAUUUUUAUAAGUGAUUGUCAAUGGCAAAAUCGAAGGCGAAUGUUUACGGUACCACCCGAACCGCCAUCAACAUGGAUAACUUCAACAACGACAACACCAGCUCCAACUAGAACGACCUACACAACGCCAAGGACCUCAAUAGCUCCUAAUACAACGACUCCACCUCCAACGACCACACCAGCUCCAACUAGAACGACCUACACAACGCCAAGGACCUCAACAGCUCCUAAUACAACGACUUCGCCGACCACACCAGUUCCAACAACAAAACCUCCACCAACACCUCCAUCGCCAAACCUUAUUGGAAAACUUCAAUUCAUAGUAUGUUCAAAUUGUACCAUAAUAAUGGCAUAAGCAGCAAUACCUGCAGUGAAAAAUUCUAUGCAAGAGCAAACUACUCUUACAAUACAAAUAUAUACAGCUUUUCACCUAUGACUCUUAUACUGUGUCAUUUAGAUGUUUUAGAUUUUAAUACACGAUUUCGAGUCUCUUUA